AUGGACGACCCGCCGUCGUCACCCGACCCGCUUGGGGACGACCCUCCCAGCUCGGCGCAAUCCACGCGACUAACCGGGGAAAGUAAGUUCGCGAACCACGACCUAUCCGCGAUAUCUAUCCCUAGGUCACAACUACGAAGGACAUCGCCCGCGAGACAAUCCCCUAGGAAACGGAUCUUCGAGCUCGACGUUGGCGAUAGACGCUCACCGCAAAAGAUUCUCGUAACCGUCGAAGCAGAAGAGGCCAUGAAGCGGGGUAUCAAUCGCAGACUAUUCCAAUCGUCCUCCCCGACUCGAAGCGACUAUCGUAGAGAAGCUAUUACCACUACCACGGUGCCGCUCAAUGAUGAGAUAGUGAACGAAGCCACACCGCGACGACGCGGCCGGCCGCGGCGGACGAGCAAUGGCACACCACUGCCAAAGGGGAAGAAGAGGGCUGGAACACCUAUUGAACAGAGCUCUAAGCGGACGCGACAAAAGGGCGACCCAGAAUCUGAAAUUAGUAUAAUGAACGACGAUACGCCAAAGGCGACAGAUGCGGGAUCUACACCGAAGGCAAAGACUAGAGUUCGGAAGACGCCUAAGCACGUGUCCACGACUCAGGCCGUACCGUCAUCACAACUAUCUAAUGCGACAAGGAGGAAACGAGGCCGACCGCGAAAAGCGCUCAUGCCGGAGGAUGUCGCUGAGUUGGCAGGUAUGGGCGACCAAUCGAAUAGUAAUGUGGCGAAUAAUAGCACCGUUCAGCCAUCACAAGAAAAUUCAAAAAUGGACAUAAGUAGGAAUGAGCGAAGUCGACGAGAUGUGGCCAUGGAUGAUACAUUGACCCUCAUCGACGAAAUAGCAAGAGGCGACGACGAUGGGACACCGACACCACCGGACAGAUCAAACUCGCGCAUGUCAGGAAGCAUCAGGCAAGAGACAGGAUCGCCGAGGACGUCACACCAAGCGGAUGCUUAUCCACCACUAAUGGAGCAUCACAGCGACGCUGGGUCGGAGUUCGACAAUAACGAGGGCGAACCCUACAGCGGACAAGACACGCUGACGCAUGCCUCUGAUUUUAGCAUGAUAGCUGUGGAAUCGCUCCCAUCAUUCCAAGCGAACAGAAGCGCAUUUCCUACCGACCCUCCGGAUAUGGGCUCUGAGACAAAUAUGAUAAUCAACGAGACCCUCGAAUCAUUACGAAAUAGUAUGCAGGCGGACGCGGUUCAGCAAUCACUAAUGCGCUUAGACGGUGAUAACUUAAUGGCAGAAGAGGAUCGAACAAUGGUACCAAACAGUUCACUGGCAAAUGUUGGUGAACAUAGUUUAUUAGGGCGGCCAAAGAGUCCGAGGAGACAGAAACAAGUUCCCCUAAGCCGUCAAGUCCUUACAGGAAAGGCGCCUCAUGUGGAUGACUCUUUCUCGAGUAUUCCGGAUAGUAUUCUCAAAGCUGCAACACCGGGGCGUCUGCCUAUGAAGCCGAUCUCCGCAAACCACCAGCACGAUGAUACUGGCGAUUAUGAUGAUUCCUUUUCCGAAAUACCGGAAGCAGUUCUCGAAGCUGCUACCCCUAAGCCGGCAACUCGCACAUUGCCACCUGCUGAGGAAAGUCAUAGGGAGACUCAUCAAUCCGGUUCCGUAAGUAGAAACUCGGGAUCGAGUUUUGGGUCAAACAGACUACCCACUCCAGAUGAUACGUCGUCUUCAAAUGCCGGUUCUAAGAGAGCGCAAGAGGAUGAGAUUGGCGAAUCCUCAAGAGCUCCAACCCUUGCUGUCCCUGAUUCUAACUCGGGCAUUCAUUCUUCACCUCCUACAAUGAAUCGACCACGUUCAAUGGACAAUGGACCGUCUCAAUUAGAUCGAGAGAUUACCAACACACCAGAACCACAUCGUUCUUCUCCCCAAUUACCACCCUCCGCAAAAGAAAUAACUGAGCCCCCUAAAGCGCUAGAACCUCCUAUCAUCAAUAGACCUUCGCUGUCACCAAUUGUACGAGUCGGGAGAACUCUACAAAAUGUAAUGUCUGAUAGAUCAUCCCCUGAAGUUCGCGAAGGCAGUCUAGGGAGCCCCUUUAGGGGGUCCGCCAAUGAGUCAACGCGACCAAUUCCCUUCGAUCCCUCCAAUCAAUCACAUAUGUCUAGAUCACCAAAUCGAACUAACCACGAUAUAUCAGCCUCAUUCGCUCGGGCUUCGUUUAAUCCUUCUGGUACAUUUAUUCAUACUAUAAGAUCUAAUUUUCCUCCCGGCCACCCACUUGCGCAAGGCGAAAUCAUUGGUAAUUUGUCGGAUCCGUUUGUAUCAGAUAGAAACGACCACUCGCAGACAAAUACCUCGAGGAAAGCUGGCUUUAACACUAAUGAGCGGGUAUCACAGUAUGACCAUUCUACAUUGAAUUCAUCAGUAGUUGGUUCAACUAAAGCAAUACCGCCACACGAGCGCGAGGGAAGCCGGGUUGCAAACGAUAAUAACCACCAGGAGGAAGCAGGCCAUUAUCCAGACUCACGGACGUUGAGUUCUCAUAAUUCAGGUGUUUUUGCCGCACAUGACUCAAAUGCGGGCCAUGCAACAGCCAGGAAUGUUAAUGUCGACGAGCCUGAGGCAGAAAGGGAGCAGGAGCGAAGACACGAGGAAGAGAACAAUGGCGACACAACGGGAUAUGAAGCGGACAACACUGAUCUCUGGGACUUUGAGGCUUCAAGGCCGACUCCCAGGAGACCAGAGUCAAAACGACGUGCAUCACAGCUAUUUGAUCCGCCCCCUCGACGGAGCAAGAUCCUAAGCCCUUGGAGGAGAUCAACAAGACGUCUCAUCUAUAGGGAGGAAAUUGCGAGUCCUUCUCAAAUAGAGAUUGAGGAGAACCCACAGAGCGAGGCGGAAGAACCCCCAGUAACACGUAUUAAACCACCGCGACCGUCGAAUGCACAUUCGAUACUAAUGGAGAUGGCACCUUCUCCUGAUCCCGAGCCCGCCGAGGUCAACGAGCAGUCAUUUCAUUCCCCUUCGCCUGAGCAGCAAGAUCCAAGGUCUGAAUAUGAAUUCGAGGAACGGGAACAAGGGCAAGAUCGAUACCAAUCCCGAUAUCAAACCCAAUAUCAAGAUCAGUACCAAAAUCAGUAUCAGGACCAGUAUCAAGACCAGUAUCAAGACCAGUAUCAAGAGCAAGAUGACGAGCAAGAAGAUCAAGACCGAUAUCAGGAGCAGGAGGGGGAGCAAGAUCACUACCAUGACCAAUAUCAAGAUCACUAUCAAGACCACGAUGAAGAUGAAGAUCACUAUCAAGACCAUGAUCAAGGGCAAGAUCAAGGGCAAGGGCAAGAAGAGAGACAGGGACAGGAACCGCCAGCAAAACAGACGGCAGAGCCUGUAGACGCUUCUGAGUAUUCGAUGCUUGCUCAGCAAGAGAAUGCGCCGUCUACUCAAAAGAAGCCUACGCCUGCCAAAUCCGGUAUAUUUGGCGGGUUUAAUCUCUUGUCUUUCUUUUCGUCGCCCGCUACACUGCCCACAAAGGUCCCCGAAGCAGGGCAAGAGAACACAACUCGGAAUACCCAAAAUGUCUCACAACCCAGCUUCCAGAAGCCAGCGACCAGGGAAAUAGAACAAGCACCUAAAGAACCACAGAAACCCCUCUGGUCUACGGGAUUGUUUGGGUCCAUUACUCAGAAGAAUUUUCAACCAAGCCCAGAGCGACGUUCUGAUUUAUUCUCACCGGCACCGCCUUCGCAAGCAAAAUCAAAUAAUACCAUUCAGGAUACCUAUGAAUCCCCUUCGCCCGCUCCGUCUCCAUCGCCUGCAGCGUCACCUUCGCCAGCGCCAUCGCUUUCUCCCGAACCUGCUUCUCCAGAUUCGUCACAACAAUCCCCUGAGCUGUCCCCCGAGCCAACUCCUGAACCAUCGCCUGAACUAACUCCCGAACCGUCACCCGAGAGAUCGCCCGAAGUGUUGCCCGAAAGGUCUCCUGAAGUAUCGCCUCAACCCUCGACCCCCGAUCAACAGAUGUAUCCACCAAUCGCGCAGAAGCAAAAUUUCACGCCACGGCCAGGAUCUAGUCAGUCUCUUUUCAGAACCGGCCCCUCGGCCAGCCGAAACGAGCAUCAAGACGAUGACCUACUUCUUCCGACAAGCGAUGAGGAUGAGGAUGAAGAUGAAGAUGAACAACAGGAGACAUCCUUCAUGACAGACGGGACAGAGUACGAGCGCGUGCCGCCUAGGGAAAAGCCAUCUCGAUGGGAUAGAACCCUUUCGCCAUCCAAAUCCUGCUUCCGUUCACCCCUAAAGCCAACCACACCUGGGCGCGUUGUAGCCUUUAAGGGUAGCGUACCAUCUCCUGUCACUCAACCAGAGACCCACGUUGAAAAGCAGAUGAAUGGUGGUGACAGAAGCAACGGGAUACUAUUCCAGGGCCCACCUCUCCGUCAACUUGCUCCUGCGCCAGUGGCCGCACCUAUUCCCGCUCCUGCUCCCGCUCCUGCUCCUGCAGCCACAGCGAACCAACAGGCGAAUCAGACUUCCUCCCGUCAACAACAACCUCGCUCUUUCACCUCCACCUCCACCUCAGCCAGACCAACCAGCAGCGCCAAAAGCAACCUGUCGCAGACGGAGUGGACGCGCAACCACUGGCUGCGGCUGGACGAGAUGCUGCACCUGCGGCGCCGCGACCCUCUCGCGUUCCAGCAGCGCGUGCCGCUGCCUCCCCGCGCCCAGCGCCGCUCGCUCGCCACCCUGCUCGGCAAGGAGAUCCGCGCCCAGGGCGAGUGCGUGCCGCUCGAGACCUGGCACCUCGACGUCGUCGAGGCUUUUAGGCUCGAGGUCGGCGGCUGGGACGAAAGGUCCCUUGCUAAGAGGGUGUUCGCGCUUAUUAUUGGGGAGCAGCGGAGGAGGAAGGCUAGGGAGGCGAGGAUGGGAAUGGGGACGGGGAGGGGGGCUGCUUGA